ACUCUUGAAUUACAUUAUCCAAUGAUCCAGUUUUUAACUAUUGAUAUUAUCCCUCCGCGACAGAUCCAGAAUAUCCCGCUGGCCUCAACAACACCUACCCAACAAAAGUGAUUUUCACCAGCGCCGUGUUGUUCACCUUCCUGGUGUCUGUGAUGGGAAACUCUCUUGUCAUCUACGUCAUAACCAAACAUCGCUCCAUGAGAACAUCAACGAAUUGUCUCAUCAUGAACUUGGCAAUUUGUGAUCUUUUGAUCACCGUGCUCCAGGCCCCUGCAUUUAUUAAGCACCUGCAUACUGGAGACACGUGGUUUGGAGGCACCCUGGGAAACGUCACUUGUAAAAUAUUAUCUUUUGUAGGUCCUCUCUUGAUUUUCUGCUCUAUUUUCAACUUGGUAGCUAUCGCUAUUGAUCGAUAUCUUGCCGUCGCUCGACCAUUAAAGUAUAAAUUAUCAUCAAAAUGGGUGGUAAAAGUAGGAAUUCCAGCUGUGUGGCUGACUUCAGUUUUGUUGUCUGUUAAAGCGGCAUUGACACCGAAAGUGUUGUACUUUGGGGAUGAAAACAUGCUCCUGUGUGUAGUUGAUAGAAGCUCUCUAGAAAAGUACUCCUUUUUGUGCUGUUUAGUUGUCUCGUUUAUCGUUCUAAUUGUGCUUUAUUCUAUCAUUUGUUAUCGUCUUUGGAGAAGAAACAUUCCUGGCGAAGUUUCCAACAAUCAGCAAGCGCUUGCCAUUCGUACAGCACGAAAGGUCACUGUUUUAAUGAUAUCAGUUGUAAUCGUGUUUAGUGUUUCAUAUGCGCCUAUUUUUGCAUUCAUGCUUUCAGACUUGAUUCAUGUAAGAUCCAGUGACAUUUCAUCCAUCAUGCACCACCCCAUAGUGUUUUUCAUGUCUUUCUGGUUGAUAUUGAACAGUAGUGCAUGUAAUCCGUGUUUGUAUUUUAUAUUUAUCGAAAGCUUUCGCCAUAGUCUGAAAUCUGCUUGUUCAUGCUUAAGACUUCUCGUACCUGAACCAAAGCCGUGCUGCAUUGGAUUAGAAAGUAGAUUUGAAAACGCAGAACCAAUGAGAAACAGACAGAAUUUGAACUCUUUCGUUCAGGAAGAAGGAGCUGUUGAGUUGACGGCAUACUCGUCUUUCAACCACAGAGUCUCGCCGCCUUAGAUUUCAGCUCACCACACGCUAGUGCCAAAUGGUCUCGGAGAUAAAUGUGCAUAAAUCCUCUAAUUAACUAAUUUAAUGAUGUUUUUGAAAUGACAAGAUAUCUUAUUUGGCAUGUCAAAGAAUAUAACGAGGUAAGCUAGAAGUUGAAUGAAGACAUCGAAUUCUUCCCAGUAUGCCUGUUUACACGAUCUUUUGUUGUAGGAGCAUGCUCGCUGAUAUUCCCGGAAACAAAACAGGAGAGAAGCCUUGAAAGAGGCAAUAGUCUCAAAGCAAAAGAAAGUUCGAUUACAGUAUUGACAAGAAUGGAUUAUUUAACAAAGCCAUUCCCAACGAUAACGUUUUGAAAUCUAAAUAUAGACGUGCAAAGAAGGACGCCUGAUUGGUUAUUCGUUAUCAGACAUAACCCAUUGCGGUGGUUAAUUUAUUAUCAUUAUCUACUCGUUGUAAUGGUUUAACUUAACUAAGGAAGCCAGUAAUUAGGAGCUCAUUUGUAAACGCAUUUAUCGGUGAUACAAGACAGUGGUCUCUGUCGCGGUCAUGCGCGUCAGAGCUCAACAGUAGCUGAUAAGCUAAGUUUAGGCAUUACAAGUAGAUUAUUUGUGGUAAUAAAGACUAAAUAAAAACUUUAUUCUAACCACAACUUUCCAAAGCAGUUCUGGGAAUAAUUACGAAUCAAAUUAGUGUUCAGCGGUGGGUUGAUAGAUUCAAACUGGCGGAGUACGACAGCUCAUGCUCGAGUGACCUCGAAGAUAAAGCCACUUAAGAUAGCAGCCACAGCGGGUGCGAGACUACGCAUGCCAGAUAAGGUUGAGCAGGCAGUGAAAAUAGGUUCUUUGGCAGGAUAAUUUACUUCUUGUACAAAAUAUGAAAAGCAACGUGAAGAUUGUGGAGCAAUGUUUGAGCAACGUUUUGAGACAUUUUGAGCAUCUUUUUUAAAAAUUUGAAGCAUCUUAGGGACAGACCUGGAAGACGCUGUGUAUGAUAGCUAACUCUCCAGCUCAAGGCUGCUUUCCUCGUUUUUGAUUUUCCUUUCUGCCGGUAAGGUGAAAUAUCUUUCUAUGUUGUGGAAUCUGCUGGAAAUGAAUGCUAGCGCACUGUCAUCAGUUCUGUCUCCCUCCCUCCAUGUACACCAUAUCUUUCCACCUCCUCAGUGGUACAAAAAAUCGGCGUAUCAAGAUACCGAUAUAGCCCUUUUGAAGGAACCCAAUACAUAAUGGUUUUGCAGCGCUUUCGAGUGAUAUGCCAUGGAAUAUCCCACGAGUCACUUAGAGGCAUGUGCGUAUACCAAGAAAAUACAAGUGACAAGUGGGAUCAGUUGAUAUAAAUUAAAUACAGCUACCCAGCGAAAGUGAUUUUCACCAGCGCCAUGUUGUUCAUCUCCCUGGUGUCUGUGAUGAGCAACUCUUGUCAUCUUCGUCGUAACCAAAACUCGCUCCAUGAGAACAUCAACGAAUUGUCUCAUCAUGAACUUAGCAGUUUGCGAUCUUUCGAUCACCGCACUCCAGACCCCUUUAUUUA